GCUGAACCAAGUUUACGAUAAAAAUGUUAAUUUUCUCAACAAUAUUAUUUUAUUUAGUAACUGGAGGAUUAUCAACCUCUAUUAAAUCAGAGGGGGAUGCUACUGAUCUAAAAUUAGAGGGGGAUGCUACUGAUCUAAAAUUAGAGGGGGAUGCUACUGAUCUAAAAUUAGAGGGGGAUGCUACUGAUCUAAAAGGACCAACUGGAAAAGAUGGAUUUAAAGUUGGAAAGAACAUGCUAGAAAGAGUCUCCUUGGAGAACUACAUCAAUGCAACCUGUAUGGACGGAACUACAGCAGUGUACUACCGUCAGACGGAGAUGUCGGAGUCUAAGAAGAUGUUGAUCUACCUUGAGGGGGGAGGAUUCUGUGUUCCAAGAGUACCUGGUUUUGACUGUGAGACCAGAUGUGUUGAUGAACCUCAUCUCUGUACAGCUAGAACAGACCCUUUUCUAGAUACAGAAUCCAAUAAGCUAUCCACCAAUAUCUGGAGUUCUGAUCCACAAGAGAAUCCGACUUUUCAUGAUUUCUUUAAAGUUUUUCUACCGUAUUCUAGCAGUGAUGUUCACACCGGGACCAGGGGGCCUUCCUUGCUCACUCAUAACUUUACUUUUCACGGCAAGUAUAUCGUUAGAGGUAUGACAGAGGAUUUAAUACAGAAUACCUGGAUAACCUCGGCCGAGCAGGUUGUUCUAAUGGGAGGUUCUGCCGGGGCAAUAGGAACAGAGGCCAACUGUGAUAGCUUUGCUGGAGAGUUAAAAAUGAUAAAUCCCAAUCUAGAUGUACGAUGUAUCUCCGACAGCGGCAGUUUAUAUCCGUAUGACGUACACACUCCCUUUUGCUACCCCCAGCUUCUGGAAUACGCUGCUUUCCAAAUAUGGGACUCAAUUUCAGACGAAUCAUGUGAGACGGCCAAUACAGGUGGAACAGGAGCUAACUUGCCUUGCAUAAGCUUUGGAACCUCAUUUAUGUACGCAGACAAUCCUAUCCUCAUACUCAUGAGCUCAGAGGAUACUGUUAUAAGAACCUGCUAUUCAGAGGACCUGGAGUUCUGGGAAAACUGGAGGAAUUCACUAGAUUUAUUAGCCCGGAAAAUAGUGGUUGAACGGCCGGAGACUGGAAUGUAUCUUGCAAACUGUGCUUUUCAUGUUUCCACAAACUUCCAGCAAGCCUGGGAUAUGAUGGAGGUACCAGUUCUAGAUUAUAAUAAUCAGAGCACGAUUAUUCUAAAAGAUCUAAUCGAUAACUUUGUCAACAAUAUCAGACCUAUCCAAGCAAUUGAUGAUAUGGACAUUCGAAAUCCUAAUUGUAAUAAUUAGCAAUGUAAACAUUGUAUGAACCAUUUCAAAUUCAAAGUAGUUCUUAAUAUUUGUAUUCCUUCGAGUUAAAGGAAAAAGAAACUUAUUUAAUUCCCACUGUCUGAGGUAUACUCAAAGGAGAAGCUCUUGUUCUAAAUCAUAUUAUUGCUCCCUCUAGGGUCUCUUGAAUAACUAAUAUUUAAAACCUCCAAAUCUUAGAAAGUGCACUUGAUCAUAUUUGUUAUAUUAAUCCAAUUCAAAAUAUAUUUAUUUAAUUAAACAAAACAAA